UACAAUCCAUAAAAUCAGCUAUUGGAUAUCUUAAAAAAAUUAACAUUCGGCGCAUUAACAUGUCGAUAGUAAAGGUGUCUUUACACAAUUGAAUAAGAUAAUUUUUGAUAGUUGAAUAAAAAUUAAAUUUAACUAGUUUGACUGAGGAAAUCCCCAACAUAAUCAUCAUUAAUCCAUUUACAGGAUAAAUGGACAGCUAAAUAAGCUAAAAGCCUGGUUAAAAAUGGAUCGAAUAGUCUAAAAUACGUCGACCCAUUUUUUUGCGUUGGCAAAAAUUUCUUUUGUUUAAGAAAAAAAAAGCAAAAAAAGUUAAAUUAAGUCACAAAACCUUAAAUCUCAACAAAAAUGGAUAACGGCACAAGAAAUUCAAUGGGUGAAACUGUCUAUAGCUCAGACGAUGCAUCAGCUGUAAUGUCUGAAAAGGUACAGUCACUUGCUGGCAGCAUUUAUCAAGAAUUUGAGAAGAUGAUAUCACGCUAUGAUGAAGAUGUAGUCAAAACAUUAAUGCCACUACUCGUCAAUGUCCUUGAAUGUCUUGAUGGAGCUUAUCAGCAAAUACAAGAGCAAGAGGUUGAAUUGGAGCUGUUAAGAGAAGAUAAUGAGCAACUUGUUACUCAAUAUGAGCGCGAGAAAGGUGGCAGAAAGCAAGCUGAACAAAAAUUAUUGGAUACAGAAGAUCUAGCGGAAGCUGAGAAUAAAGAACUAGCUUCACGUCUUGAAUCUUUAGAAUCGAUUGUUCGAAUGUUAGAAUUAAAGCAUAAAAAUAGUUUAGAGCAUGCAUCACGAUUAGAAGAGCGGGAAGGUGAAUUAAAGAAGGAAUAUAAUAAGCUCCAUGACAGAUAUACAGAAUUAUUUAAGACACAUGUAGAUUAUAUGGAACGUACGAAAUUAAUUAUGGGUAAUUCAACUCAUUCAUUACAUCAGAGUUCAGCAUCAGAAAGAAUGGACAUGAAUCGAUCAAUGAGAUUGAAUCCAAUAAAUCGCUCGUCAGGUCCUAUUUCCUUUGGCUUUGCAUCGCUUGAAAACUCUGUUGCUAUGCUUGAUACUGAAACAAUUUGUAGUGGGCCCAGUUCAGCGAGUGGAUCGGGUCCACCUUCAUUACAAAAUGAAAUUGAAACGAUGGAAAAAUCAUCAGAAACGGAAAAACUUCAGCAACAUAAUCAAGCUACAUCGCCUCCGAGUGAAAUUACUAGUCCCACUAUCCCACAAAUUGUUACCGGACGAAGUACCACGAAAAGUGAGAAACGUUCAGCAAAUACGCUGUAUCAAGAACUUUCAUUCCAAGACGAUACGCUUGAAAGUGAAGAAAACGAAAUAACUGGGAUGGUUCAUCCAGGCGAAUACGCUAGUUCCGUUAACGAUAACUUCUUUGGUAUGGGAAAAGAAGUGGAAAAUCUAAUUAUGGAGAAUAAUGAGUUAUUAGCAACAAAGAAUGCACUGAACAUUGUGAAAGACGAUUUAAUAGUCAAAGUAGAUGAGUUGACUGGCGAAUUAGAAAUUCUUCGUGAAGAGUUGAAUGCAGUCAUUCAAUCACGUAAUAAGCUUAAAACCAAAGUUGGUGAAUUAGAGGAUGAUUUGAGAAAGGCAAAAGAUCAGAUUAAGCAACAAACAUCUGAACAAGAAGAUGAUGGAGAUGUUCCAAUGGCACAGCGCAAACGAUUCACUCGAGUAGAAAUGGCACGAGUUCUUAUGGAACGUAAUCAAUAUAAGGAACGAUUUAUGGAACUUCAAGAUGCUGUCCGUUGGACGGAAAUGAUGCGAGCAACAAAAGUUGAUCAACUUGACAAAAAAUCAAAACAAAGUAUUUGGAAGUUUUUUAGCAAUCUCUUUAGCACUAAUGAUAGACCGCAAAGAGAGCCCCCUCCGAUGUUUCAUAGAAAUUCGCCGCAACCAGGAGAGGGGCGUGGAUCACAAUUUCCAGCUAUUGGACCGGCAGCAUCAGCAAGUAAUUCUCUUGUAUUAACAAGUACUGAAAGUCAAGGAUCAAAUGAUGGUACAUCCGAACGAGCAAUGGCUAGAAGACGUGAACAAUAUCGUCAAGUUCGUGCUCAUGUUCAAAAAGAAGAUGGACGAUUACAAGCUUAUGGAUGGAGUUUACCAGGAAGUACAGCAAAGCCUGGAUCAGGAUCAACGGGUGGUAAACCUAAUAAUAAUGUUCCAGUUCCCGUGCCUGUUUAUUGUAGACCAUUAGCUGAAGCAAGUCCUCAUAUGAAAGUUUGGUGUGCAAGUGGAGUAAAUUUAAAUGGUGGAUAUACUCGUGAUGGUGGAUGUGUUGUUGGUGCUAGUGUAUUUUAUUCUAGACAAACGACUGCUGUAAUUACAGAUGUAACAACACCGACAAACGAAACUGCACCUAGCGAAUUAGAAAGCCUUGAUAAACAAAUGAAAUUAGCUAUGGAUCAAGUGAAUGAAGAUUUACAACUUAGUAGUUUUGUAUGGAUUUGUACAAGCACACAUUCAGCGAGUACUGUCACUGUUAUUGAUGCCAAAAAUCCUGCAGAUGUACUCGAUUCAUUUCCAAUUUGUCAGACACAUUUGUUAUGCAUAUGCACAGUUAUGGGUGCUUUAGAGAUGGAUUAUCAUAUGCUUGAAAAUAGUGAAGUAACAAAGUCUGGUGAGAUGUUAGAAAAGCCAGGAGAUGCAGGAGAUCCUGAUGAGAUUGGUAAAGUUGAGUAUAUUCGAGUUCCACAGCAACAAGAGACUAAAAUUGAGGAAAAUCAUGAUGUUGAGAUAGAAAAGGCAAGUGAAGCAUCCCCAGACGAAGAGAAUAUUGACGAUGAAGAGAAUAAUCAAGACGAUAUGAAUCCUACGUCAGUUGGACCAACAAUGUGGAUGGGUGCUCAAAAUGGAAUGAUUUAUGUACAUUCAUCAGUUGGUCGAUGGCGAGUUUGUCUUCAUGCUGUUCAACUUCCAGAUGCUGUUCUAUCAAUCGUUCACGUUUGUGGACGAGUCGUUAUUGCAUUAGCCAAUGGAAAAGUUGCAGUAUUUAGGAGACAAAUGAAUGGUGAAUGGGAUAUUAAUGCUUAUCAUCUCAUCACAUUAGGCUCACCAAAACAGUCUGUUAGAUGUUUAACAAUUGUUGGCGAUAAGGUUUGGGCUGCACAUCGAAAUCGUAUUCACGUCAUUGAUCCAAUCACAUUGAAUAUAACUCAUACGCUUGAGGCACAUCCACGAAAAGAAAGUCAAGUUCGACAGAUGGCUGCAACUGGUCUUGGCGUGUGGGUGUCAAUUCGACUUGAUUCAACACUCAGACUUUAUCAUUCACAAACUUACGAGCAUUUACAAGAUGUUGAUAUUGAACCAUAUGUUAGCAAAAUGCUUGGAACGGGUAAAUUAGGCUUCUCAUUUGUGCGCAUUACUGCUCUACAUGUCUCAUGUGGGAGAUUGUGGAUUGGUACUGGAAAUGGAGUCAUCAUUUCUGUCAUUCUGACUGGAGAUGGCAACGCUUCAAGUAUUCCAAAAUGUUGCAUGGCACAUUCACAGCUAAGUUUUCAUGGUCACCGAGAUGCAGUUAAAUUCUUUGUGUCAGUGCCGAUGAAUCCUCCACCAAACGAUUUCCCAUCAUUACUGAAUAGACAUCACCAAGAUAUGCUAGUCAUGUCAGGCGGUGAAGGCUACAUUGACUUCCGUUUGGGUAAGUUUUUAACUUUCUUUAUUAUUUUUGUCAAAUUUUUGAGCGUAGAAAAAUCAGAGAAAAAGUUUUCAAUGGCUUUGUACUUUUAGACAAUUUAGUUUUUCACUUCAUUAUCGUUUUUUUUUGUCAUAAAAAUUUCAAACUUUUUAAUUUCUUUUGUUUUAUUCUUUUUUCUUUUUGAUUUUUUUAUUCCUCCACCGAAAACAUCAAAAAAUGCGCCAAAAUAAAUCUCAAAAACCUACUAAAAUCGCACCAUUCAUGAUUUCUCUAAAUGUUGCUUGCGCAAAAAUAACAAAAUAAAAAAACUCUAUCCUUAAAAUUAAUUAGAAGAUGAUGGCUCAGCGUCAGAUACAACCUCGCACAUACUUAUCUGGCAAAUUGUAACAUCAUCGAGUCAGUAAAAUUAUAUUAAUAUAUAGUCUGAGGGUGUGCAAAGGUGUGCAUGGUUGGCAAGAUAGCCAUUCUGUGUGUACUGGUGAUGGGAAGGGUUUUAAUCAAAAUAUACAAAAAUUUAUGCCAAAGCACCUUUUCUACUACUUUAUUCCUAUUUCUAAAAUCUAUUCUACACUUCUAAGUAAAAAGUUUUGUUAAGUUUUAAAAUUAAAUCUGGCGCACUGGAAAAAAUAAGUUUUUCAUUAAGGAGAUGGAGACAUGGAGAACAGCAUUGUCUUACAACCAAAUCAAACAAUUGAGAAUCGAGGAGAUAAGAGUUACUUAAUAGUUUGGCAAGUUUAGGAUACAGCAAAUGAAAAAAAAAAUAAUGUUCAGCUGUGAUGUUAAAUUUCUACCAAUUUUUUUUUUCGACAUACAAAGCAAAGAUUAAUGUUUAAGGAUAAAGAUACAAACAAUGAUGAAUUCUUUCUGACUCGUGAAUUUUUCUGAUUGAUUUUCCUGGCAUUGCUAUGAACAUAUUUAUUGACAUUUAAACUCAAUCUUAAUCUAAUGGACACUGAAUUGAUGGCUGGAGAGCAUAUUGUUGCUGCAACUAAAGUUUGUAGAUCUUUAAGUUAAAUUAUAUGAUUUUCUGACAAUUUAAAUUAAGAAUUAGAGUUUUAAAUUGGCUUUUCUGGAUUUUGAAUUUAAAAAGGUUGAAAACUUGAACUUGAAAGGUUGAAACUUGAACUUGAAAUAUUCAAGCUUUUACCUUGAAAAUAUCGGGUUCAGAUUGGGUUCAGAGUUAACAUAUUCAGCUCAACUCAAAUCGAGCCAUAAUCUUUUAUUCCCCAAAAACCCAAAAAAUUCCUGCUCUAAAUCUCUAAUGCAAGCUACUUCAAAUACAAAAUCAGCUUCUAUUGUAAGCUUCGUACACAUUCAGAUCAAACGAAUGAAAUUGUAGCAAAAAUAUGCAAAAAUCUAAAAGAUCAUCACAAAAACAAUGCCUUUCAGUGCACCAUAAUUAACUGAUAAUGCUCAGAAAAUUAUUGAUGGCUCGCAAGACUCUUUCCUGCUCCCAUCAUCAUUUAUUCUGUGGACAAAAAGUAAACAAAUAAUUUUACAGAUGAGGAUGCAAAAAGAAAGAAAGAAAAAACUUCUUGAUAAUUAAAAUAGUGACAUUGCAUUAUAUUUAAACACACUACUGAUGUGUUACUGAUAUUAAAAAAUAGCUUAAAUAGGAAGCCACAUCGAAUGUCAAGAUUGUUUUUACUCGAUCAGCUAAUAGUAUUCAUACAUUAUGUGCAAUUUACAAUAAUAUUAAUAGAAAUCAUGCUUAUGAAAUUGUAGAUGAGCAAUCGAGAGUGAACUUGACAUGAUGUGACUUCGUACCUAUAAACAUAAAAUUAUAUUCUCUAUCAUUUUUAUUAAGGACAAAAUUGAUGAAUUUAGUAGUUUUAAUUAAGUUUUCCUCUUCUGUGGCUGAUUUUGAGAUGCUUUGGAAUUUGGACAUUCUAGCUUAAAUCCAGCAGCUCUAAUCUAGCCACUGAUUCAUUUUAUAUCAGUUUAUGUGUUUAAUCAAUGGUGCCAAUUAUGAUUUUCUUAUGUUCUUAUCCUCAUUUAAUUCUAAUAUAGCCAUUUCUACUACUUCCCAUCUUUAUGACUUAAAACUUGUUAUAAUUUUUAACUUCUUUCUUUUCCUGUUGUUGAGUUAAUUUGUUCGUAACAAAAAAUUUAUUUAUUGGAUAAUUUUCCUGUGUAGAAAAAAAAAUUAUAAUAAUAUAAUUAAUUUGAUAAGUUGAAAUGAUAAUUUUUAAUAAUAAAAGUAAUAUUUCGUAAUAUUUAAAGAGA